AUGGUGGGCUUCUCUUCCUCUUCAGCUGUUGAAGCCGGUAAGUAACCAAAUUGACUGCAUGCUUGCAUUACACUGUCUUGGCAGCCCGCUAUUGUCCCUCUGUGGUCUAUGUGCGUUGUGUUUAUCCCAGUCUCUCAGGACUGUAACAUUUGAGUUCGAGAUACACUAAAAGUAUGUGGACACCCCGUUCAAAUUAGUGGAUUCGGCUGUUGACAGGUGUAUAAAACCCUAGCACACAGCCAUGCAAUCUCCAUAGACAAACAUUGGCAGUAGAAUGGCCCAUACUGAAGAGCUCAGUGACUUUCAAUGUGGCAUCGUCAUAGGAUAAGUCAGUUUGUAAAAUGUCUGCCAUGCUAGAGCUGCCCAGGUCAACUGUAAGUGCUGUUAUUGUGAAGUGGAAACGUCUAGGAGCAACAACUGCUCAGCUGCGAAGUGGUAGGCCACACAAGCUCAUAGAAUGGGACCACUGAGCGCUGAAGCGCGUAGUGCGGGAAAAAUCGUCUGUCCUCGGUUGCCACACUCACUACCGAGUUCCAAACUGCCUCUGGAAGCAACGUCAGCACAAGAACUGUUCGUCUGGAGCUUCAUGAAAUGGAUUUCCAUGGCCGAGGAGCUGCACACAAGCCUAAGAUCAUGAUGGGCAAUGCCAAGUGUCAGCUGAAGCUUGCCGCCAUUGGACUCCGAAGCAGUGGAAACACAUUCUCUGGCGUGAUGAAUCACACUUCACCAUCUGGCAGUCCGACGGAAGAAUCUGAGUUUGGUGGAUGCCAGGAGAACGCUACCUGCCCGAAUGCAUAGUGCCAACUGUUACGUUUGGUGGAGGAGGAAUAAUGGUCUGGGGCUGUUUUUCAUGGUUCGGGCUAGGCCCCUUAGUUCCAGUGAAGCAAAAUAUUAAUACUACAGCAUACAAUGACAUUCUAGAUGAUUCUGUUCUUCCAACUUUGUGGCAGCAGUUUGGGGGUCCUUUCCUGUUUCAGCAUGACAAUGCCCCUGUGCACAAAGCGAGGUCCAUACAGAAAUGGUUUGUCAAGAUCGGUGCGGAAGAACUUGACUGGCCUACACAGAGCCCUGACUUCAACCCCAUUGAACACUUUUGGGCUGAAUUGGAAUGCCGACUGCAAGCCAGGCCUAAUCGCCCAACAUCAGUGUCCGACCUCACUAAUGCUCUUGUGGCUGAAUGGAAGCAAGUCCCCGCAGCAAUGUUCCAACAUCUAAUGGAAUGCCUUCCCAGAAGAGUGGAUGCUGUUAUAGCAGCAAAGGGGGGACCAACUCCAUAUUAAUGCCCAUGAUUUUGGAAUGAGAUGUUGUGUCCACAUACUUUCGGCCAUGUAGUGUAGUUGUCUGGGUGUAGAUCAUGUGUACAGUCUUAUGAGAGGUCCUACUGAACGCUGUAUCUCCACUUCCUGAGGAUAUGUGGACGUUUUCUCAAGGAAUUAUCUCAGAUAGCUGACCCGGUCUACUUUUCAGACAGAGUUAUGUUUUGAUCGGGCCAAUUCAUUUAGCUUCCUUGUUCAUUAAUUUAGAUGUUGAUUUGUUAUUACAGAGAUAUCUAUUUCACAUCUUGAUACCUGCCAUGUUUCUCUGUAUAGACUUUUGUUGUCGCCAUAGAAGAAACCUUUCUGUUGUUUUAAAGUUCUAAUAAAAACCAUCAAGUCAAUCUCAUUAACAUUCUCGUCAGUCAAUUUUUACUAGGCCCUUCACACAGACAAAGACAAUUUUAUGACUGCAUCCGGUGUUGUUACAUGCUGGAGUUCUGUCAUGUUAAUUUGGUUCCUUUUGUGUUUUCUGUGUGGUAUAACCUGAAUGUUGCCUCAACUGUUCAAAUAAGCUGACCAGGAAACCUCUGACUUCCUGACCACCCCAGACAUUACGGCACCCCACUUCUAAACAACACUCUUACUGGACUAUAUUCAGAGGGUUGGGAAAUCAUAUGAAAUCAUAGUGGUUGUGAACUCGUUUGCCCUUGUUUCAGAGGUAGGCCUAAUAGUUUUGUUGUGUUAUGAUGGAGUAACUGCUGGUAAUGCAGAAAUUCACGAAAGCAGACAGUUUUUUAUGGGAUUGUGAAAGAUCAUGACUGUGCUAACAUAACCUUACAAUUAGAUUUGUUUCCACAUGAAGGCAUCUGCUCACAAAGCACUUCAGGUCUGCUCUUUGAAGCUACUCAGUUUGUUGGUGUAAGACAUGGUGAAGGUCCAGUGGGCGGAAAAAUGAAACACUUUAACCGACAGGUUAUUUGAUCUGCUAUGAGCAGAGAUAAAGACAACAACCUUUUGGAGUAAAGCAAAAGAAACAGUCCCAUAUUGUAGUGAUUACUCUAGACCAGGAAAAACAUCUCUCAGAUCCAGAGACCUCAAAGAAAAACAGGUGGUCUGGAGAUUACUGAGAUUACUGUCUACACACACUGAGUUUUUCAGUCUCUUCCCUACCACAGUAGUGUGUGUGUGUGUGUGUGUGUGUGUGUGUGUGUGUGUGUGUGUGUGUGUGUGUGUGUGUGUGUGAUGCUCCUCUCCAGGAGAGCCCCAGGUCCAGUGCCUGGUACUGUAGUUCUGGUGUCUCCUCUCAGCUCCAGGAAUGCCCCACUACAGAUAAGAUAAGAGAUGUGAAGCCUCUCAUCUACUGAGAGAAAUAACUGAUCACCAGGGUAGCUGAUAAACAGAUGUUUCUGUAUAAUUAAAUGGUCCUGUCAUGGGUUUGAGGGUGCUGUGCUGGGAACCCCCUUAUCGCAAUGCCAGAAAGAGAGGUUGAUAUUGAGGUGUGGAAAUUCCACAGAGUCAGAUGAACACAUGGAUACCAUUUGUAUGUAUCUGUGUCUAGUAUGAAGGAAGUUAGAGGUGGUUUCGUGUGCCAAUUCUAACUAGCGUUAGCACAAUGACUGUCAAUCACUGGUUCUGCUUUUGUGACUAUCAUACCUGUUUAUUGCAUUAAUCUGCCAGACUCCACAUUAUUAUUAUUUUGUCUAGGUUCUUCUAGCCACCGUGUUUAAAUAACCAGAUGUCUGAGGUUAGCUCCUCCCAAAGCCACUUCUGUUGUCAGCACAGAGUUGACCCAUGAAGAUAGAUUUGCUCAGUAAUUGUAUUGUACAAUCUCUUGAAAUUGUCACUCAUUGUUUCAUACAUGACCUCUGACCUGUGUGUUCUUCUUUCCCCCCAGCGAUGGAGUACCUGGUGAGUGAGCUGAACGUGCUGCUGAAGCUGCUGGACCAAGAGAGUGUGAGCACAGCCACAGCAGAGAAGAUGAGCGUGGUCCGGAGCCUACUCGGGCAGCUGCAGCCAUCAGGUGAGAGUGUGUGUGUGUGUGUGUGUGUGUGUUCCACAUUUAACCCAACCCCUCUGAAUCAGAGAGGUGGGCGUCCAUGUCAUCGGCGCCCAUGAAGCAGGUGUUGUUGGGGGUUAACUGCCUUGCUCAAGGUCAGAACGCAGUUUUUUUGUUCAUUUUUUACAUGUACUCGGUUCUCUUCUCUGUUAAAGUGAAUGGAUCAGACUUCGUAUACAUGAACACUUCCCUUUAUGGAAAUGGCACCAGCUUUGUGGAAUCCUUGUUUGAGGAAUUGGGUGAGUUAAAUAUCAUAUCUGUAUUAUUUCAUAUCUAUGAAGAAGAACUUGCUAGCACAUGAUUUAAUUCUUAAAGGAUUCUUAAAAAGUAUUAUAUAUUUUAUUGUCCCACUCCCAACAGAUUGUGACCUGCAUGAGCUCAGAGCCUCCCCAGAAGAACUGAAGGAUCAGGUAGAGAAGGAAAUCUCCAAAAUACCGACCUCUAAAGUAAGAUAGCCUAUUUGACUAUACUGUAUAAUUGCAUCUAUAACACAUUUGUUAUUGAAUUUUGCCUAACCGUAACCCUUUUCCCCUAGAGUCCCACUGACACACCCCCUCCUCUGCCAACCACCCCUCCUCCAGAGGACUACUAUGAGGAGGCAGUGCCCUUGGACCCUGGCACGGUGCCCCAGUACAUCACCAACAUCGCCACAUGCAGUGAGUACUCACAUUCCUCCCAACAGUCACCUAUAACCAUCUGAAGUCACUGUCCAUACACAUUGUUAUUAUUGGGUUACAUCUCAUCUCUUACCUCCUGCUUCCUUCUAGUCAGCUCAAGUCCCGCAAAUUCCAUUGAAGAUGCAUACUAUGAAGAUGCUGACAACAACUACCCCACCACCCGAAUCAAUGGCCAGCGCAAUAACUCCUGUGAGUAUAAAAUCAUAACACCCUGUUGAGAUGAAUGUGUACUUGUGCUAUAUUUUCAUAUUGGGAGGGAGGAGGAACCUUCUUAUCCAGGAACCUUUGUUGUUCUCCAGACGCUGAUUCAGACGCGCUGAGCAGCUCCUAUGAGUCGUAUGAUGAGGAGGAUGAGGAGGCGAAGGGCCAGGACAGGACUCGGCGGUGGCAGUCAGAGGAGAACUCUGUGGGCCCCAUGAAGGACUGUCGCAUCUGUGCCUUCCUGCUGCGCAAGAAACGCUUCGGACAGUGGACAAAACAGCUGACCGUCGUCCGUGACAACAGAUUACAGGUAGGACAACAGGAACUCUGUUGCAUGUGUUUAUUAUUAAACGUUUAUGUAAUUAAGACACAUUUAGACAUUAUAAGUGAUUUUAAAGUCCCUUGUAGAGUAUAAAAAACGAUUGUUGGUGUGUCUUUCUCUGCAGUGCUACAAGAGCAUCAAAGACAGCAGCCCCCACAUUGAGCUGCCGCUGAACCUGUGUAAUGUCAUCUACGUCCCCAAAGAGGCGCGCCGCAAGAAGCACAAGCUGCGUUUCUCCCUGCCUGGGGGAGAGGCCUUGGUGCUGGCUGUCCAGAGUAAGGAGCAGGCGGAGCGAUGGCUCAAGGUGAUCCGGGAGGUGGCCAGUCAGGCCAGCAGCAGUGACGGAUUAGAGGGCUCCUCCUCUCCUAUGAUCCAGAGGAAGAAAGAGCUGGACAAGGUGGGCCUCCCCUCAUUAUCCCCGCUGGCUACCACACUCAGCCUAUAAGCCUGUAACCCAGCACACUGAAUGCACUGAACAGACCCUAUUGGCCACCCUGUUUUACUCAAACUGACUCAGACACUCUUGGACUGGUGUUUUCACAAGCUAUAUUUAACAUCCACAUACAUCACCAUGCUGCAGUAAAUAACCAGACAAACAAAGAGGUGUAAUGGGUUCACACUCAAAAAUAUGUCGCAUAAAGCUUACUUCAUUAUUCAAUGUUUUUAAUUAUUUUCACUUGAUAGAUUAAUUAUUAAUGACUAAUUAUUACACCCUGAAACUGUGUAUAAUGUGUUAGAAAUGUGUGAGUGUAGGACCAGUAAAGGCUAUGGCAUUGAGCCACUAUUUAGCAAUGUGAGUAAGAGUUAGGCCAGACAACAAAGACAACUGAGAAACUAAGAUAAAGAGGCCUCCCAAUUUAGGGAGGGGAGAAACUGUUAUGAAAACAUGGUGCAGAAUAUUGUGAGAACGGCAAUAACUGAGUAAUGCAGGGAGUAGGGUAUGUGUGUGUGCGCGUGUGUGUGUGUGUGUGUGUGUGUGUGUGUAUGUGUGUAUGUAUGUGUGUAUAUGUGUGUGUGUGUGUGAACUGAUGGUCAGUAGAGCAGUUUUAGAGUGGAAAACUACAGCCCGCCUACAGAGGGGAGGGAUUCUGAAAUUGUGAUGGCAGAAUUCUCAAUGAAUAAAUAUCUCUGACUAUGCAGACCGGGACUCUGGCCGUUACUUAAAUCCCAAAAGACUUACAACCUUUUGGGAGACGCACAGAGACACUAAAAUAGUUUGUUAAAUAAUUCACAUAACAUCACUGCAUCAGGGAUAGUGGACACAGACAUCUCGGCUUUACAGCCUUCUUCAGGGUGUGGGUACAAUUUUAUUUGAAUUCAAAACAGCAUUUGUAAAGAACAACGGAUAAGCAGCAGGUGCUUCUAAUCAGGGUUGCCACUCAUCUGCCAAUCAGGGAUGGGACUUUUCUGGUCUACCUGUAUACAAAUUAGUCACAAAGAAAUACCGAAUUAUAGGGUAUGGGAUCGGGCAAGAAGAGCUACUCACAAAUCAAUCGCCCCAGGUGUCCGCUCACCUAAAUACAUCACAUCAAUUCAUGAGAUAGCCCACCACAAAGGACAUCAGGCAAAGACGUUCAUAAAUAUUUGGGGCCAACUCAUAAACGAUAUGCAAAAUUGGAUAUGGACAGUGUUCUUGUAUAACAGUCUAAAUGUGGCUUAUAGGAAGGAGGUGAAAUCUAAUUCUUCAUUUAAACCAUGUGGAAAUACAGAAUUUAAUGUAUAUAUCCACAUGGCUUCUCUUUGGAGUAAUUUGUUGUCAUAGUAAAUAACCAGACAGAAUGCAAACAGUCCAGUGAAGAGACAGACAGGUCAGACAGACAGACAUCCUCCCUGUUUGACACCCCUGGUGUAGCGCUGCCUGAUCUUUAUCAGUUACUGAUGGUAUGUUUACUCAGUCUCAACACUCAUCAGAGGGGGGUUGAUGCUCAUGCUGCCUGCUGACCGUGGGAAGGAAACAGCUGUCAAAGUAAAGGGUAGCAAUCAGCAACUGAAACUCACAUAGAGUGAUUUCAUUACAGCCUAAAUGUAUGGCUUUGGACAGACAGACUGUUGAACCCAUUUCAGGAUUAUUCUGAGACAGUAAUGGCUUUUAGGCAGUGUGCCACCAUGUGUAUGUCCUAGCUGGAAAUCUUUCUCUCAUUGCAGUGUCUAUGUGUGUGAACGUGCGUGGAUGUGUGUGUGUGUUUCAAGUUUUGAAUGCCACGUGCACAAGUACAGUGAAAUGCCUUUCUUGCCAGCAUGGCAAUGCCUUUCUGCCGCCUCUAACCUAAUUCCUUUCUCUCUCUUAGUUACUAGGAGCUGACAAGCACACCUCCGACUCUGACAGCGUGGCCACUGGUGACAACCUGCCCUCUGGUCAGCUCCGGGACAACUGUGACCAAGGUUAGGCCCCAAUCUGCCUCAGCAUACCUGAACAUCCCUGUAUAUCUGUGUUCUUAUAUACAUACUGCAGCUUUGUAUUUACCUGUCUGCAUUCUGAUAGUUCUACAUUGUGAAAGACCACGUCAGUUACAAGAUGUAUUUUUAUUUUAGAAUAACAUUCUGUUCUGUAUUUUAAACUGUCAGUCACAGGCCCAAGCAGAGUGAAAUGUAGCACUAUGUUGGGCAGUGGAGAAGGAGGAAAACAUAAUGAAAAAAAGGAGCGUGAUCCAUGUUCUUGGGUCAGAUGUUUGACCUAAAGCACAUAAAAGACAGGACGUGUGGCUCAGAGCAGAAACAUCCUUCCUGCCCUCUUCCUGCCUUUGUCUCACAAUGACAUCAUAGGACAUAUACUGUACGUACACAAGGCAGAGAGAGUAGCACCUGGGAGACAGAGCGGAGAGACUUCAAAACAAAACAAAAUUGAAGUACAGAACAGAAUUUGUCUACAUUAUUCAAUUGCCAAACAUAAUGUGCCACAUUAUAACUUGAGCUUCCAGUAAAUAAGAAUCCUAACAAAAAGAGGGGUUUAAGACAUAAUAUAUAUAUUAUUUUUGUAAACAAGUCUUUUGUAAACGACUCAGUGUGUUUCUAUUCAGGGAAGGGGAAGAGGGGGGCGUUUACAGAGCUGACGGGAUCUAUGAGCAGAGCGGCUGGACGGAAGAUGAACAGGAUCAUCAGUUUCUCUAAGAAGAAGCCUCCUCUCCCAGGAGACACUCUGUCCUCUUCCUACCAUGACGACAAUCCCCGCUGUGGUGAGCACACUGCAUCCAUGUCAUAUUUUACAUUUUUCUCUCUCUCAGUCAUAAUCUCUGGGCUGAACACUGCAUAGCUAGUUGUAGCUACUUAUUACUGCAGCUUUAUGUGUUACAAAUUGAGAUUCUGCAGCCACCCAGGCUCUACAUAUACUCUACAUUAUGUCCUCUACAUUAUGUACUCUGCAUUAUGUACUCAACAUUAUGUGUAGCUCAGCUGGUAGAGCACGGCGCUUGUAACGCCAAGGUAGUGGGUUCGAUCCCCGGGACCACCCAUACACAAAAAUGUAUGCACGCAUGACUGUAAGUCGCUUUGGAUAAAAGCGUCUGCUAAAUGGCAUAUUAUUAUUAUUAUAUGUACUCUACAUUAUGUACUCUGUAUUAUGUACUCUGCAUUAUGUACUCUGAAUUAUGUACUCUACAUAAUGUACUCUAUAUUAUGUCCUCUAUAUUAUGUACUCUACAUUAUGUCCUCUGCAUUAUGUACUCAGCAUUAUGUACUCUGCAUUAUGUACUCUACAUAAUGUACUCUACACAAUACUCUAUAUGUACUCUAUAUUAUGUACUCUGCAUUAUGUACUCUACAUUAUGUACUCUACAUUGUGUACUCUACAUUAUGUACUCUGUAUUAUGUACUCUGCAUUAUGUACUCUGCUCUACAUUAUGUACUCUCAUAUCAUUCUAUAUGUCCUCUACAUUAUGUACUCUACAUUAUGUACUCUGCAUUAUGUACUCUACAUUAUGUCUCUACAUUAUCUACUCUGCAUAUGUACUCUACAUUAUGUACUCUCAUUAUGUACUCUACAUUAUGUACUCUACAUUAUGUACUCUGCAUUAUGUACUCUAAUAUGUACUACAUCAUUAUGUACUCUGACAUUAUGUACUCUACAUUAUGUACUCUUAUUAUGUACUCUGCAUUAUGUACUCUCAUUAUGUCUCUACAUAUGUCCUCUACAUUAUGUACUCUACAUUAUGUACUCUGCAUUAUGUCCUCUACAUUAUGUACUCUACAUUAUGUACUCUGCAUUAUGUACUCUGCAUUAUGUACUCUACAUUAUGUACUCUACAUUAUGUACUCUACAUUAUGUCCUCUACAUUAUGUACUCUACAUUAUGUCCUCUGCAUUAUGUACUCUACAUUAUGUCCUCUACAUUAUGUACUCUACAUUAUGUACUCUACAUUAUGUCUCUACAUUAUGUACUCUAAUAAUGUCUUAUAUUAUGUCCUCUACAUUAUGUACUCUACAUUAUGUCCUCUACAUUAUGUACUCUGCAUUAUGUCUCUGCAUUAUGUACUCUACAUUAUGUCCUCUACAUUAUGUCCUCUACAUUAUGUACUCUACAUAAUGUACUCUAUAUUAUGUCCUCUACAUUAUGUACUCUAUAUUAUGUCCUCUACAUUAUGUACUCUGCAUUAUUGCCUCUACAUUAUGUACUCUACAUUAUGUCCUCUACAUUAUGUACUCUACAUUAUGUCCUCUAUAUUAUUUCCUCUACAUUAUGUACUCUGCAUUAUGUACUCUGCAUUAUGUACUCUACAUAAUGUACUCUAUAUUAUGUCCUCUACAUUAUGUACUCUACAUUAUGUCCUCUACAUUAUGUACUCUGCAAUAUGUCCUCUACAUUAUGUACUCUGCAUUAUGUUACUAUUUUCAUCUUUCUUUUGUCCUCCCACCUUUAAAACCUGUUAUUUUCCACUUCCCCAUGUAAUAACCUUUAUGGAAAGUCCAGCAGUGAGAAUAUGUAUGUUUUCCAUUCCCCUGUCCCCAGGUUAUCUGAAUGUGCUUGUGAACCAGUGCUGGAGGGAGAGAUGGUGCUGUGUAAAGGAUGGAACACUGUACCUGCACAAAGAAAGGGGUGACCUGCGUACUCACGUCAGCGCUGUGGUCCUCCAUGGGGCUGAGGUCGUACCUGGACUGGGGCCCAAGCACCCCUUCGCUUUCCGCAUCCUGCAAGGAGGCAACGAGGUGGCUGCACUGGAGGUAUUUCUGUGUUUGUGUGUAUUUGUAACCCACUGUUUGAUAUUUUCUACCCUACUACAGACUUAAAUCCCUUGCCCAGUAUCUCCGGUCUGUCUCAUGGGUUCUAGUACCCUUUGGGAUCAGUGACAUGUUGUGAUGUAAGUGUCUCUGUGUGUCCAUCAGGCCAGCUGUUCAGAGCAAAUGGGCCGCUGGCUGGGGGUUCUGCUGGCAGAGUCUGGCUGCGCCACCACCCCAGAGGCCUUGCAUUACGACUACGUGGACGUGGACACCAUCACUAACAUCACAGACGCAGCAAGACACUCCUUCCUGUGAGUUUGAUAGAGUGGGGCUUGGCCCUUUGGCCUGUGGUAGUUUCCAAAUGCUCAAAGUGCUUUACAUUUUAAGGGGAGUACAUUGCUAAUGCUAGAUGGUCAUAUUGGUAAAUGCUUAUGUCUCUUUCCUCCUCAUCCUGUCCCAUAGUUGGGCUACCUCCUCCAGUGGUACCUCCACAGACACCAGAACCUAUGAUGAGGUUCCUUACGAGGGUCUAUUGGUAAGGAGAUUUACAGUAAAUCUAAUGAAUCCACACGUCUGUGUCCACCCUUAGCUGCAGCUGGAGUUUAAAGGAUCCAGUUAAUGAAUGAUCUGUUCCUAUAUCCUCCCAUAUCUCUCCACAGAAUCAGAGAGUAGGAGUCAGAGGGCUUUUUAUUCUAGAGCAGUGUGAAGGCCUGCUGAAAGUCGAUAGGCUCCUUUGUGUGUAUGUGGGAGCGUAGAUAGUGCUCCAGGGAUGAGUUCUGAUGAGCUGCUUUCAGAGCAGUUCUGAGUUGUGUAAGCAGUACAGAGAUCUCUCACACAGCCCUGACGCUUUUGGGAAAACUCUUUGAGGGAAAAUAUGACAAUCAUAUCCAACUGUGUAUCCAGCUGUGUCAAGUAUUUUCUUUAAAUCCAGCUUUCACAAUUUGACUGUAAUACUUUGUGAUACAUCUCUCACAUUCCAGUUUACUCAACUUGAAAUGGUUUGUUUAUUUAACUUGUGGUCUAGUUUCUCAAAAACAGUACGUUUCCAGUAAGUUUUGCAAUACCACACUUUACUUAUCACACAUUAGUGAAAGAGUUAAUCUGUUCAUUCCUCUUUCCUCCCUCUCUCUCAUCCCUGGCCAUCACCUCUGUUCAACUCUUUAUUCUCUCAUAUCUUUCUCCACUACACACCUUUCCCUCCCUGUUACCCUGCCUUUCUCAUCAUAUCUCCUUUCCCUAUCCCCCUUCCCUGCCCUCCACAGCAGCCAGAGGAGCCAGUACCCAGACCAGGAGCUCAGGUGAAACGCCACUCUUCUUUCUCCAGCAGCAGAGAGAUAGAGAAGGUGGAUUCCUUAGUCACUAUAAAGAGACACGGUUCCAGUAAGUCCCCCGAAGGUCAGCCAAGACUGUGUGUGAUGCUGGGAAGAUAGGGGGGAAUUUGACAUUAUCUCAACUUUAAGAGUAUGCCUAGAGAACACCUAUAUGAUGUAUAAAUGUGACCACUCAGAAUGUAUUUUCGUGGUUUCUCGAUCUUAGAUGCGAAUCAGUAUGUAUCAGGGAAGUAUGGCAAAACACGAGCCGAGGAGGACGCCAGGAGGUACCUGAAGGAGACAGAAGAGAUGGAGAAGGAGCGAGAGGUCAUCAAAAAUGCCCUGCUCGUAUUACGCAAGGAGAGGAAAGAGGCGAAGGAACAACUGAAGGAUGCUACAGGUAAGAAAGUAAAACACAUACAAUCUUGUAUUGAAUUUCCUUAAAUAGAGAGAGCAAACCUAGACAAUUUAUAUUGUAUAUAUUAAUGGUCCACCUACUGCUUGGCCACAGUAUAGGAAUUCAUCACUCAGACAUAUUGAGGAGCCAUGGAGCCUAACAAAUGGAUGACUGUGUGUGACUGUGGUCAGGUAAGCAGCAGAAGCAGCUAGAGAAGCGUUUGGGCCAGCUGGAGGAAAGCUGCAGGGGGAAGGAGGGGGAGCGGGUGGACCUGGAGCUGCGUCUCACUGAGGUGAAGGAGAACCUAAAGAAGUCCCUGGCUGGAGGGGUGCUGGGGCCGCUCACAAAGAGCAAACCCCCCACUAGCAAACCCCCCACUAGCAAACCCCCCAGAAAGGUACCUGGCCUACAGCUUCUCCUACAGCACAUCACAAAGAGUUAUAUCAAGUCUACUCUAGACAAUGGUUUAUUGUAGAUAAGCUAAACCGUAUACUUUUGCAUCAGGGUUGGGGUCAAUUCAAAUUGAAGGCAACCAAUUCAGGAAGUCAUUCGAAUUUAAAAUAAAAUAAAUGGACCAAGUUUUGAAAAAAAAUGCCUCAACGUUUCAGUUAAUUGAGAAUUCAUAGAAUUUAUUGAAUUGACCGCAACCCUGCUUUGCAUUAUUAAGGUUUUUAUGUUGAAGAUUUCUUACUGUCUUAGCAUGUACAGUGAGGGAAAAAAGUAUUUGAUCCCCUGCUGAUUUUGUACGUUUGCCCACUAACAAAGACAUGAUCAGUCUAUAAUUUUAAUGGUAGGUUUAUUUUAACAGUGAGAGACAGAAUAACAACAAAAAAAUCCAGAAAGACGUAUGUCAAAAUUUUUAUAAAUGUAUUUGCAUUAUAAUAAGGGAAAUAAGUAUUUGAACCCUCUGCAAAACAUGACAUGUACUUGGUGGCAAAACCCUUGUUGGGAAUCAAAGAGGUCAGUACUUGGUGGCAAAACCCUUGUUGGGAAUCAAAGAGGUCAGACGUUUCUUGUAGUUGGCCACCAGGUUUCAACACAUCUCAGGAGGGAUUUUGUUCCACUCUUUGCAGAUCUUCUCCAAGUCAUUAAGGUUUCGAGGCUGACGUUUGGCAACUCGAACCUUCAGCUCCCUCCACAGAUUUUCUAUGGGAUUAAGGUCUGGAGACUGGCUAGGCCACUCCAGGACCUUAAUGUGCUUCUUCUUGAGCCACUCCUUUGUUGCCUUGGCUGUGUGUUUUGGGUCAUUGUCAUGCUGGAAUACUAAUCCACAACCCAUUUUCAAUGCCCUGGCUGAGGGAAGGAGGUUCUCACUCAAGAUUUGACGGUACAUGGCCCCGUCCAUCGUCCCUUUGAUGCAGUGAAGUGUUCCUGUCCCCUUAGCAGAAAAACACCCCCAAAGCAUAAUGUUUCCACCUCCAUGUUUGACAGUGGGGAUGGUGUUCUUGGGGUCAUAGGCAGCAUUCCUCCUCCUCCAAACACGGCGAGUUGAGUUGAUGUCAAAGAGCUCCAUUUUGGUCUCAUCUGACCACAACACUUUCACCCAGUUCUCCUCGGAAUCAUGCAGAUGUUCAUUGGCAAACUUCAGACGGCCCUGUAUAUGUGCUUUCUUGAGCAGGGGGACCUUGCGGGCGCUGCAGGAUUUCAGUCCUUCACGGCGUAGUGUGUUACCAAUUGUUUUCUUGGUGACUAUGGUCCCAGCUGCCUUGAGAUCAUUGACAAGAUCCUCCCGUGUAGUUCUGGGCUGAUUCCUCACCGUUCUCAUGAUCUUUGCAACUCCACGAGGUGAGAUCUUGCAUGGCGCCCCAGGCCGAGGGAGAUUGACAGUUAUUUUGUGUUUCUUCCAUUUGCGAAUAAUCUCACCAACUUUUGUCACCUUCUCACCAAGCUGCUUGGAGAUGGUCUUGUAGCCCAUUCCAGCCUUGUGUAGGUCUACAAUCUUGUCCCUGACAUCAUUGGAGAGCUCUUUGGUCUUGGCCAUGGUGGAGAGUUUGGAAUCUGAUUGAUUGAUUGCUUCUGUGGACAGGUGUCUUUUAUACAGUUAACAAACUGAGAUUAGGAGCACUCCCUUUUAGAGUGUGCUCCUAAUCUCAGCUCGUUACCUGUAUAAAAGACACCUGGGAGCCAGAAAUCUUUCUGAUUGAAAGGGGGUCAAAUACUUAUUUCCCUCAUUAAAAUGCAAAAUAAAUGUAUAACAUUUUUGACAUGCGUUUUUCUGGAUUUUUGUUGUUGUUAUUCUGUCUCUCACUGUUCAAAUAAACCUACCACUAAAAUUAUAGACUGAUCAUUUCUUUGUCAGUGGGAAAACGUACAAAAUCAGCAGGGGAUCAAAUACUUUUUUCCCUCACUGUAUUUCCAUCUGAGGUGUUUUGAUGAGUAUUGUAAGUAGAAAUAGUAUUAUUUACCCAUAAACAGAUAUUCUCAAAUUCUCUUUCCUCAUACUGUAUGUCCAGGUCCACAUCAGUAAAGUUGAGAAUAUAUACAGUGAGGCAUCCAUGCCAGUCAACUGUGCUGCUGAGAUGCGGAAGCACCCCCCAUCCAUCUAUGCAUCUAGCAAGGGGAAUGUCAUGCAGAAAGCCAAG